AUGUCCAGCAUCAUCCUGCUAAGGAAUGUCCGAUACAUGAGAGCAGUUUUGCCUGCAUCGCGCCUAUCAUAUCACUCUGGGAAAGCCGCUUCAGUCAAUACAGCCAUCGCCCGCGGGCUGCGAAAGUCGAAAGGGCUCGCGUUUAGGGGAAGCUCGACUAGAGAGCCAAAAGCCAAUGACCCACGCGAGAAGUUCAUCGAACGAAAUGGUCUGGUACGCCGCUCCGCGGACCCGCCUCAAUUUUCUGGACCUCAGGUAACGCGUGAUGGAUGGGAGGGUAGACCGAAGAAAGAGGCUGCGGGAGGCCGUACGCCGCAAGAACCUCAAGCACGGAUUUAUCGCGGGAUAAAAUUGAUCAAAACCAACGAACAGCUUGCUCGGAAAAAACCUGACCCUGCUGGGCCUGCUGGUUCUGGAAGACAUGGUCACAAGCAGGAGCGUCGACGGACACCCUUCGAUGAAGAAGAGAAGGGAUAUUCAGGGCCCAGGAGACAGUUCGAUCGGUCUGCUGAGCCAUUCAAAGCUCCUGGACGCGGUGCCGACCGAGGUUCUUUCGGAGCCAGAGAGAAAUCCGACUACUCAUCUAAAUACCCACCAUCGACUGCAAGAAGUUCGCCCAAUAAGCAAAGAUAUGGGGAGCGAGAUUUCGGAGAGAGACGUGGCGACCGAGGGUCUUUUAACGCCAGAGAGAAAUCCGACUACCCACCUAAAUAUCCGUCAUCAUCUACGCCUUACCAGCAAAGAGAUGGGGAGCGAGGUUCCAUGGAGCGGCGUGACGAGCGGGGCGGUUAUCAAGCACACGCGAAAUCCGACUACUCAUCUAAAUAUCCGUCAUCGUCUACAAGAAGUGCGCCCUAUGAGCGAAGAGAUAGGGAGCGAGAUUCCGGAGAGAGGCGUGCUGAUCGAGGGUCUUUUAAACCCAGAGAGAAAUCCGACUACUCAUCUAGAUAUCCAUCGUCGUCUACAAGAAGUUCACCCUACCAGCAAAGAGAUAGGGAGCGAGGUUCCAUAGAGCGGCGUGGCGACCGGGGUGGUUAUGAAGCACGAGAGAAAUCCGACUACUCCGCUAAAUACCCAUCGUCGUCUAGAAGUUCGUCUUACCAGUCGAGAAUUGAGGAACGAGGUUCCGUGGAGCCGCGUGGUGACCAACGCUCAAGGGGGGAAAUCGCCGCUUUAGCCAAAGCUCUGGCCGAUCCUCCUACAAGAUCUGCAGCUGUAGAGACGAGAUGGAAUGAUCCUGAAGAGAGAAACAACCGUGGCCCGACCACAAGGUCCAGUGGACCCGACAGCCGCACACCUCUGUCCGUCCCCUACACAACACCAGCAUCUGAAUUCUUAUACGGGACUUCCGUGGUAGAAGCUGCGCUGAAAGCUCAAAAGGGUCGAGGCCGAAGAAGACAGCUUUACAAGUUCUACAUCUACGAAGGAGAGAAUCGAGAAAAUACUGAACGUGACGAUGAUCUGGAGAGGUUGGCAAGGCAAUGUAAAGUGAAGAUUCAGCGGAUACGCGGUGACUGGCUGCGGCUCAUGGACAAGAUGAGCGGCGGACGGCCUCACAACGGCUACAUCCUAGAGGCAUCACCUCUCCCGCGACUUCCUGUCCUGAGUCUAGGCUCGACCGCAGUGGAAUAUGAUGGAUAUGGAAUUAAAGUGGAACUCGACCAUCAAUCACGCGAAGACGCUGCAAUCAACGGCACUUCGGAUUUCAUCCACAUGCCAGUUGAUCGCGUUGGACGGAAACCAAUGGUUCUCUUGCUAGAUGGCAUCCAGGACCCCGGAAAUCUCGGCGGCAUCAUCCGCACUGCUUCAUUCCUCGGCGCCAGCGCUGUUGCCAUAUCCACACGAAAAACCGCCUCGUUCACCCCGGUUGUCCUCAAAGCAUCAGCUGGAGCUUCUGAGAAUAUCACUUUGUUCUCCGUCCAGAGGCCCGAUAGCUUCAUCCACAAGUCCAAGCUCGCCGGGUGGAAAAUCUACGCUGCUGUGGCGCCCACGGAGAAAGGAACCCCGCGCUCCAGAAACUCCGUGGCUGCUAAUAACAUAGGCAAUCCCCUCGCUGACGAUCCCUGCAUUCUCAUGCUAGGCUCAGAGGGCGAGGGCCUACAUACCAAGCUGAGAAGGUCAGCAGAUGUUGAGGUCUACAUCCCCAGCUGCGGACGCAGCCUCAGCGUUGACAGCCUGAAUGUCAGCGUUGCAACUGGGAUUCUUUGCAAUUCCUUCCUGACGCGGUCCUAUCCGAAGAAGGGGGCGGCAGCGGAGCCUUUGGCUGAGCAAGAAGGAGGGGAAGUAGCGGAGCAGGAACAACGAGCAAGCUCUGAACCUGCUAGCGACUUGUUUUAA